UAUUAAUCUUCAAACAGAGACGACAAGACAAAGAGAGAAGAAGAUCGAAACCAAGAAGAUAUGAAGAUUUCGACGCUGGUUUUCUUGGCCUUGGCCAUAUUGUCAGCUAUAUCAGUAGAAGAUGCCUGCACUCCUCCUACACCCUCCCCUGACAUUAGCUCCAUUAUCACCAAAGAUCUUUUUGAGGAAAUGCUCAAGCACCGAGAUGACGAAUCUUGUGCUGGCAAGGGAUUCUACACUUACGAUGCCUUUAUUGCCGCUGCAAGGUCAUUCAAUGGGUUUGGCACCACCGGCGACGAUGACACCCGUAAGAGGGAGCUGGCGGCCUUCUUUGCUCAUACCUCUUAUCGAACAAGUGGUGGGGGGCAAGAAUCGGAAGAUGGUGAAUACGCAUGGGGAUAUUGUAUAGUGAGAGAACCAGGUAAUCAUCCACCUACCUGCUGUACCUCCCCUGACUGGCCAUGUGCCCCUUACAAAUCAUAUCAUGCCCGAGGACCCCUCCAACUUAAGCACAACCACAACUAUGGUAAGACGGGCAAAGGAAUUGGAGUAGAUCUAAUAAACAAUCCGGAUCUGGUAGAAACAGACCCGAUCAUAUCGUUCAAGACAGCCAUAUGGUUUUGGAUGACCGCACAAGAUAACAAGCCAUCGCCGCAUGAUGUCAUGGUCGGAAAAUGGACACCAUCAGACGAAGACGUUUCAGCUGGUCGACUUCAAGGUUUCGGCGUCGUCACCAACAUCUUCAAUAGUUGGGCAUGCGGUAAGGGUCCAAACGAGGGGGUGGACGACCCAAUCGGGUUUUACAAGAGGCACAGCGAUAUACUAGGCGUUGGCUAUGGGGAGAAUAUAGAUUGCUAUUGUCAAAAGCCUUAUGCUUAAGCGACAUCUUUGUACAAAUUAUGAGUUUUUACUGAGUUGAGUGUAAGCUUAAGCUUCUCCGAAGCAAUUAAUAAAUAAAGGCAAAGCUCUUUUGAGCUGUAGCAA